CAGAAAUUCGUUUUUUAUUUUUCUUUAUAUUUUUAUUCUUUAAGACAACAUGUCCACAUCAAUGGAGAAAGCCCUGGCGGAUAUAUUUGAAUGUCCCAGUGAUAAUGAAGAGUUUCUUGGCUUUGGAGUGGAUUCACCAGAGGGCUUCUCAGAGGAGAGCCGAGACAGCCUCCACUCAAGGACCUCCUGGAAGCCUGUUCUCCGCUUUAGGUCUAAAUUUAUUACAGAUGAGUUGGCUCAUAUCUUCAUGGACUCAGACAGUGAAGGAGAGUUUGAAGGCUUUAGUAAGACAGACAGCUCUCUACACGGCACCUGGAUGAGUCCUAUGGUUUUGGAGUCUGAAGAAGACAGUGAUGACAUUGGGUUCUACUCCAACGACGAUGGCGACAACCCGACCUCACAAAGGAGGCAGAGUUCGGGAUUGUGCGUUGCGUUCCGGUUUCCUAUUAGAGCAAGCUCCGCCCAUCAAAGGCACAUUGCAAAGAAAUCCUCAGAGGUGGCCAAGUUGAGGGUUGCUCCAGUCAGAAGUCAGCCCACGACGGGGAGACCCAGAAAGAGGAGAGGAAGCCAGGCAGACCCACCUGUGGACUUGAAAAUGGGAAGAACCCAGAAAAGCUCUGGAGUGUGUAGUGAUGAGUCAGAGGAAGGGAGUGAGCUAACUGAGGCAGAGAUACAAAUACUGAACAAAAGAGCUAAAAACAUCCAGGAGAACAAAGCUAUGCUCGCAAAGCUAUUUGCAGACCUGAACUCCUCACCUGAGUUGUCCUCAAAGGCCACGCCCACAAAGAAGAGGAAGGCAAACACCAUGCAAAAGCCCAUGUCACAGAGCGAGAGGCGGAACCCCAGCCGCAAGGCCCGCCCCCCGGAGCAUUUUGGGCGGGAAGAGGAGCCAGUCACCUCCUCUAAGCCCAAAGGGAGGAACAUUGAAGUAGACCUCAAAAAGCUGAUGGAGGUGGACAAGAGCAGACAAAGUGAGGGCAGGUACAGACACAGGAAAACCAGAAAGCGCAUGAACGUGCGAAUGCCUGAAGACAUUACAGAGGAAGAGCUGGACAACGUGGCCGACCGCGCCAAAGACAAGAUUCUUGAUAAAGAUAAUGGCAGCACGUGCCACCAGUGCAGACAGAAAACUUUGGACACCAAGACAGAGUGCAGGAGUGUCUACUGCCAGGGGCUCAAAGGGCAGUUCUGUGGGCCCUGCCUUCGCAAUCGCUACGGCGAGGAUGUUCGCACUGCCCUGCUGGACCCUACGUGGAAGUGUCCAAUCUGUCGAGGCGUGUGUAACUGUAGCCUGUGCCGGAAGCGAGACGGCCGCUGCGCUACGGGGGCCAUUACCCACUUGGCCAAGUACUACGGCUAUGAUAGCGUGAAAGAGUACCUAGAGAGCCUACAGGAGAACCCCGAGUGAAACGGGACUAGUGUGGGUGCGAUGAUCGCAGGCGUUUUGUUUGGCGGCCUGUCGUGACGCUCAGACUCGGGAUGUUGAGUGGCAGGCUUGUUGAUUCCGUGGGCCGUAUCCUUAAGCCUGACCAGGUAAAGAUGGACAGCAGUGCAACUUCUUCUGUUACAUCCUGCUGUCAUCAUGUGGUCAAACCUUCUCACGCCGCAGAUUUUUAAGAGAGUAUUUAGUUGAGUACGUGGUUAGGUAAAAUCGUUUAAUCCUCUUAAUCAACGAUUUAAAGUGUUAAAUGCAACUGUACCCGUUUACGUAGAUUACUUUCUUAGAGCUCCCUGCACCAUACGGUUGACAAACAUUUAAAAGUGCCACACAUGCUGAAGUGUAAAUGAUAGAUUAAUAGACUUUCUCAACUUGUUUUAUUAAAAAAAAAAAAGAAAUCUAUUGAAAGAGCUUUUACCAGUUUUACAUUUUAGCAUUUAUGUUGUGUGGGUUUUUUGUUUGUUUGUUGUUUUUUUUUCCCCUCCUUUGAGGCUUGAAUUUUUACAACAGAAUUGUGACCCAACUUGUAUUUGGAAGUGAGACUUGUCUAUAUGCACUAAUGCAAACGGUUUUGUUAAAACAUUUUGGCUCUUUACUCUGGCACGUAAAAGCCACAGCUGCUGCUCAAGUUUAAAGUGCAGUUCAAUCGUAUACUUCAGCGCUUUUUUUAUUUUAUUUUU